CAGAAUUUCAUUUGUGAUAAUCUAUACACGCACCAUGGCUUCGAGUUCAAGAACAUCAUUCGUACUAGCUUCCCGGGCAUCCAAACUCGCACAGAUCCAAACGAAUAUCGUCAGAGAUGGCCUCGAGACUACAUUUCCGACCCUUUCAUUCAGCACGUCAUUUAUGACGACCGAGGGCGAUAAGAACCAAUCUCAAGCGUUAUAUCUACUCGGAGGAAAGGCGCUAUGGACAAAAGAACUCGAGGUUGCAUUGAAGGAGGAUGUGGUUGAUAUGCUGAUACAUAGUUUGAAGGAUGUCCCCACGACCCUACCGCACGGCUGCGAAAUCGGAGCGAUAUUGGAGAGAGAGAAUCCUGUCGAUAGCCUGGUGGUGAAGCAGGGCUUGCCUUACAGGACACUGGAAGAUUUACCAGAUGGCAGUGUCGUGGGUACGAGCAGCGUUCGGAGAGUAGCGCAGUUGCGGAGGUCUUUCCCUGGCUUGGUAUUUCUGGACGUCCGAGGAAAUUUAAACACCCGUCUUGCAAAACUCGACGCCCCCGAUGGUCCUUAUACGGCGCUUAUACUAGCCAAGGCCGGUCUUGUACGACUAGGCAUGGGGGAUCGCAUCACAGCAGAUCUCGCCGCGCCAAUACUCUUCCACGCUGUCUCUCAAGGUGCUUUGGCAAUUGAGAUCCGCGCAUACGAUCAGGAAGCACGGGAAUUGUGCAAAGCCCUAACCCACCAGGAAACACAGUGGAAGUGCCUCGCAGAGAGGGCAUUAUUGAGAGAACUGGAAGGUGGAUGUAGUGUUCCUGUUGGUGUUUCUACAUCGCUAUCGCAGAUUGAUAAAAGCGCUGGGAAACUGACGCGUGCAACCCUCGAGAUAACGGGUUGCGUCACAUCACUUGAUGGUUCCGUACAUGUCCAAGAUACUCUUUCGCAGGAAGUCGAAAGCAUACAGGGCGCAGAGGAGCUGGGUAAAAAUCUUGCAACAAAAUUGAUGGCGAACGGUGCGAAGGUGAUAUUGGACGACAUCACUCGAGAUAGACGGAAGAGGGCCAGUGAAGCAGAGACAGCAGAAUGAACAAAAAUUUGCAAUUGCUGGUAUUGCAAGUUGAUUUACAUUUCAUAUACAAAAUCAUAUCUUAUGUACUUGUCGAAUACGCGUUGUCUCUUGCAGUUCAAGUACGCAAGAUCAUGAAGACGAUGAACCAGCAAUCCUGAAGAGCAAGAAGAAUUAUCUACCUUCCCGCGAGCGCCUGCAAGUCCCUGGACAAUUUCGAGCAGCAGGUGACUCUAAAGCAGGAAGGAG